UGGGUGGUGAAGCCUCGGCGAUCGGAAGGGCGGGCAGCAGUGGCCAUGCCGAAGGUUCCUCCUGAAUCCCGGAUCCGUCCGCAACCGAAGCUCAAGGAUUGCUCCGUCGUCGUGAAGGACCUGUGCUCCGCGUUGCCGGUCGAGUACCGGCGGUCGUUGUCGAGGAGGAGAUCCGUGUCCCUCCGUCGGCUGUGGCGAGCCCGUCGAAAGUAUCCGUGGCUCCGAGAUCUCCUGGGUCUCCGGAGGAAGAGGCCGAGGACUCCGUUCCGGAAGAGAGACCGGCCGGACCCGCAGAAGAGGGAAGCGCUCGGUGGCCGGAGCGUCCCGUCGAGAACGGACUUCGUCCGGACGCCGUCCGUCGCGAGGGACCUCAGGGUGUCCCUGAAGAGAGACGAGACCUCCGGGAAGUACUUCGUGGACCCCCGGGACGUCGUCGGGCCUCGAGCGGAUCUCUCCGCUUCGGGGGUCGUCUCUUCGGAGUCUCGAGAUUCCAAACCCUUCCGCGAGGCCGAGGAUAAAACGGGAUCGUCGGAAUCGGGAAGAGGAUCCGAAAGACGGGGAAGUUCCUCGGAUCUCGCCCGAGCGUCUCGAGACACCGAGAAGGGUGGAGCCUCUCUCCACCGCGUCUCUCGUGUCGUGGAACGAGUACUGUGGGACGUGAUCCGAGACGUCGUCGAUCCGUCCGCUUCCGAGAUGAAGAAGAAAUUCGAGAUGAUCGUGCGACGGAGAAAGAACGAAGCGGAGACGGUCUCGCCGAACGGAGACGUCGCGUCCGCCGAGCGUCUCGACGUCGUGCCGCGAGAUCGAGGCGCGAAAUCCUCGGAGUGCGUGAAGACUUCGUGUCGCGAGGGAGACCUCGUUUCCUCGGACGAUGCGAACGUCGUUUCGCCGAAUCUCGAUGGGAGAUCUCCGGAGGAUGCGAACGCGUUUUCGUCGAACGGAGAUACCAGAACCGACGCGAGUGCACCUUCGCAGGACGAGGACUCGAAGUCGUCCGAGGAAGCGAAGACGUUCGCGUCGGGAGACGUCGAGUCCCACGAGAACGCGAAGUCGGAGUCGCGGAUCGGAGACGCGAGGUCGUCGGACGGUGGUCACUCGGUACCGCUCCGCGGCGACGAGGAACCCGUCGCAGACGGAGCGACGACGAAGAGCGAGAAUCGGGGCUUCGGGUUCUAUCGCGACACUCUGGUGAGUCCGACGGGCGUGCCGGUCGCGACGGAACGGAUGCAUCGUCGCGAGACGGAAACGGCGAACGUCUGCGGUUCCUCGACGGGGGAACCGUCGUCCCGUGCCGCGUCCGAACUCCGAUCCCCGAAGGAAGAGAGGAAAGAGGAAGGGACCCGAGAUCGCGAUCCGAGGAACGGGAACGACUCCGACGCCGCGAGGAAGAGCGAGACUCGAGCCGAAAGGAAAGGUUCCUCGACCAGAGCCGAUGCCGAAACGAGAAAGAGAGUCCCGAAGGAGGAGAAGCAACCGAAACGCAAAGCACAUGCCGUCUUGAGCGAGGAGGAAGUGCUGCGCCUGGAACUGGAUCUCCCGGGUUUCAACUGGUUGCAGCAGAAGAUCAUGGGAGGGGGGAAAGACCAGCCUCCCUUGAAAAGAAGACGGAGCGAAGAGGAAGCUUCUGGAAUCUCUCAUCCGAACGAGUCAGAGAAAGGUCCCGGAGGUGCUUCGGAAGCAGCACCACCAUCUUCGGGGCAGAUCUCGACACUCUGCCCGCAAUCCGACGACGAGAUGUCAAAGAAGGAGAUCUCCGUGAUCCAAAUGACGGUUCCGGAAGCGGGACCACUGUCUUCGGUACGGAACGCGAUCUCCCCGCGAGCCGACGCUCAGAUCUCGAGAAUGGACAUUCCAGUGAUCCAGCUGACGAUACCGGAGGGGUUGCCACCGACGGCACGGAGCGCCACGACGCAUCCGCAAGCCGAUGCCGAGACGUCUCGAAAGGACAUUCCCGUGAUCCAGCUGACGGUGCCGCCCCCCUUUCAGUUCGCAGACCUGCAGAACGCGUCGAUCGUGCCGGACCCGACCGGCAUCCGCUGUCCCGUUCCUCCGAUAUCCCCUCCCAUUCGUGACAUCUAUCCGAGGAGAUACGCGAACGAUCCCGUCCGGUCCCCUCGAAUUCCGAUUCCUCGCUGGAUUCCCGCUCCGACCGGUCAAGACUUCUGGACAUACAUGCAUGGCGUCCGACUGUCCGGCCCUCUCGUUUCCCAAUCGAUUCCUGCCAGAAGAGGCCCUUUCCCAUCCCCGCCGAGAAGCAAUGCGUUGAGCGAGAUGGAAAUAUGGAAGGUGAGAGCGGACCAAAUUUACAACGGGUUCCGUCCCGUUCUGGCACCGCGGAUCGUACCUCCGAACCGCGAACACCUCGUGCCUUCGAGGACGACGCAAUCUCGCCAGCCGAGUCGAACGACUUUCGUGCCGGACGAGAGAUCUUCGUCGAAACUCGCGGAGCAUCCCGAAUCGUGUUACCCGACCGCCCUGGUGCGUGAAGCCCAAGUGCAUCCGAUCCAACCGUCACCCUUCACGAAAUCCUCGAUCGAAAGACGAAUCCCCGUCGAGGAAAGGCCGAACUUCGCACCGAACGUGGAGUCGAUGACGUCAUACGCCGAUCCGAUGAGGAACGCGGACCACGGAGAAAGGAAUCCCACCGACGGGAUCCGUCCUCUGGACGCGGACGGGAAGUCCUCCGACGGAAGACGGUUGCCUCAAGACCCCCUCUCCCUCGCGGUCCAGUCGACGAUCGCGAACGACGCGGAAAACUUGGCUCCUCACGAGAGUCCCGGGACGCAGCCGUGCACGUCGACCUCGUCGACCACGUCUCCACAGACGAGGAUCUCCAGCCUGUCGGAACCGACGGUUCCGUCCGAGGUCGUUCCCUCGAGGCGAGAGGAGAGCGAGCACGCAGACGGAGCGAGUCGGAACGGAGGCACUCCCAUGGGGUCGCCAGAUAUCAUCAUCGUGGGAUCUUAUCCCGAAGAAGAGAGAAACAUUUCCGUCGUUUCCCAGAGGAAGAGGAGUUACGAGGGAGUGGACGGAUCGCGGGCACCUCUGAAGAAAAGGUUCACCGGAUCUUCUUCCGGGAACCCCAGGCCUGGUUUUGGGGGACGUCGAGAGAACGGGGAAUCGGGAACCGAUGAGGAUUCCUCGGGACGAUCGCCUCCCGUCGAUGAAAGUCAUCCCCAUCACGGGAGGAACAACGUGCACGCCAAGAUCGCGGGUAUGCAACAGGAAAUCGAGUUGCUAAGGGAGGAGAACCGUUCGCUGAGCAAGAAGCUUCUCUCCGUCUUGGAGCAGGAACGGGAUCGAUUUCAGGCUCCUGUUCCUCAUCGGGAGCCAGUUUACCGCAGCCGACCGCGAAUCGGCUCCGACGAUACUCAGGCCGGAUCUCGUCGUCCGGACCAGAGACCUUCUUCGUCCGAUGCCCAGUGGAACGGUCCGACGAUGAUUCCGUGCUCCGAUCGCGACGCGUCGGCGGCGAGGGUUCGGAUCGGAAGCAGUUCCGCUCCCUCGGUCAUUCAAUCCCAACAACUCGCUCCCUCUCAAGCCUACCUCUCUCUCGCUUCCGAAACCUCCAAACGACAGGACUCGGGGCUCGGAUUCCAAUACUCGACGCAUCCCGACGCGAGGGUUAAGCACGUGGGAUUGCACGGGAGCUACGCGCCGAAAAAUCCGGACGAAGAGGAGAUCCACGAGCGGCGAUUUCCAGUGGCGACGGCUGCACCCACCCAGGUCUUCGACAACGUCCCCCCCAACAACCCGUGGAGUGCAGUUGUCGCGAGGAAGUACCCGGAAGUCCCUCGAGCAUACAUGCUACCCCAGUUCGAGAUGGCCUCCCGAGGUUUGGGUUUCUACGCGAUGCGCCCCCAAGUCCCUGGAAGCGCGAUGCCGAACGCCUCGCCGUUUCACGCCCCCGUGCAAUCGCACGCUCAAGGAUCCGGGAGACCGAGAUACCCCUGCAGUUUCUGCCAGCAGCCCGCCAGGUUCAUCUGUUCGGUGUGCAAGAAGAGGUGGUACUGCAACGCCGAAUGCCAGGAGAGGGAUUGGCAUAGCGUUCAUCGUCACGAGUGUGCCUUGAGCUCCGCCCCGGUCGCCAAUUGAGCAUUCCCCUCCGAUACCUCCCGCUGUGAUGUGCUGUGUUCAACCGUUUUCAUCUUGUUGUUCCGGUCCCCAAAAAAUGUUGACGAUUUUUGCACCCUUCUGUUUUCCUCCCGGUGUGAUCGUGAAUCGCGACGUGUGCUCGAUGGAGGACGAUUUGCCAUCCCGGUCCUCACUUUCUCGUUUUGUGCUGUCAGAUUUGAGAAAGGUCAGGAAAGAAAAGUAUCUCUGGGACGUAUGUAUCGAUCCGUUGUUGGGAAUACCUCCACUCAAAGUGGAAAUAUCACACUUUCCGAGCGCAUACGUACCUUAUCGAAUGAAAGAUCCAUGGAUGAAUUCGUACAUUAUUUAUGUGAAUCUCUUAAAGUGCCGUGCCUCGUGCGUGACUUGGCCCUGGGAAUGAAGCCUCUUUACUUAACUGAAACGUCACACCUAUGAGGCCUCUUUUUUCAUAUUGCUGCCAAGGUAAAUAUAGGUGACAGAAGAGCCGAAGUUACUUUGCAAUGCUCGAGGUGUUCAUUGGAAAGUACAGCUCGUUCGUGUUUCCUUAUGACUAAUCGAGAUGCUUAUAGCAUAUUUGUUUGCCUUAUAAGCGGCGAGUAGCUCCUUUCCAUGUGAUUUCAGUUGUUUCGGCUGUUUAUAUCUUUGAAUACUCUCAUUGGAAAAAAAAUCACCACCAGGGAGUUGAGCAAUCUUGUAAUUAGGCACAUUCGCCUGCAGUAUUGUGCCAUGUUAAUAGGGAGUCUGCAUCAGCCAGAUCCAUGUAUGCAGUUGUUGCGUGAUGAUAAUCAUAAUUAAACUACGUCUAUCCCUUACAAAAUUUGCUUACCUAAGGUAAAAUUAAAAUGGUGAAACUGAGGCAAAAUAACAGGAAACUUCCCCCUCUUUUUACCUCAGUUUCACCCAAUUUAAUUGUCCCAAUUUAACCUCAUUUCCCUUUUUUUUAGCUGUGAUUUACCUCUAUUUUUUCUUAGCGCAAUUUUACCUCAAUAUAUUACAGCUCCCUCUCAUUUACCGCUCUUUUACCUGUGAUUUACAUCAGUUUUACUGUUUAUUUCUUUUCACCUGUGUCUUACCUGCAUUUUACAUUUACUUUUCAUCCGUAAUUUACCUUUAGUAACCUGUAGGGUACCUCUUACCCCAAACUUACCUCUUUCUGAUAUAUUUCUCAGUUUAUAUAAUAGGUGUAACAUUAACACUGAGACUAUGAUUAAGGUAUGUUAAUCACAACACGCAUAUGGGUGUUGUGAUCUAAGAAUAAAAGCCUGACUUGCACAAGAGAAUCACAUCUUGAAAUUGUCGGAAACGUACAUACAUAUAUACAUUUUCCAAGCCGCUUUUCCUAAUUUAAUGGGGUC